AUGUCGAGGCUAAGCGGAAGAGUAACAAUGGCAGAAGGAGGUGAGUGUUUAAUUAAUUCAGAAAAUGAACAAUAAGAAUGAUUAAAUUUCAAGAAAGUUCAUCAAAUGAUGCGAGAAAUAGAAGAAUGAUGGCUGGCUUGCUUGGACAUUUAAAUGCGGGUCCUCGACAAAAUAAGGAAGCCAGAGAAUCUUCUACUAGAGAUGAUGAAGGAUCAUCAAAUCGUCGUGAAAUCCAAAAUUCUCGCCAAGAAAGAACUUCAAAUGUAUAUAAUAACCGUGGUAAUACCAGAGGUCGAGGUAGAGGAAGAGGCCGUGGAAACUAUGAAUCUGAAAGGACGCCAGCUACUAAUACAGUGAAAGUCGAGGAUACUGAACCAGCUGAAGAACUUCUGGAAUUAGAAGAUAUAAUUUCGCAAAUUAGUGAUUUGAAUAUUCGAAGCGAUCGAUCAGCUGCACAAAUAAGUGAGCUUUCUGAGAAUCUAGAUUUUAUAUAAAACUCAAUUUUAUAGAACGAAACAUUCUAAAAAGCACUGAUCUCACCGAGUCGCUCGACGAAGAUGAAUGGCAACAAAUAUGCGAAUGUUUAACAACAACAGCCCUAGAUAACGGAGAAUACGAUUUCGUUGUUGAUAUUUUUGUAUCGUUUUUGAGUGAGUGAUUGUGAAACUAUUUUGAUAUUAGUUUUUUUUCAGAAAACGAGAUGUUCUGUGAGGCAAUGUCUUCAGAAAUCAUGUCAAUAUCGUCGAAUUAUAUUAUGUCUAAUGGAACGAAACCAGUGCCCGCUUUUCUUGCCGCAAUUUUAUGUGCUCAUUGGCCAAGACAUUUGUCAAAGGUGGGUAAGAUGUUAUGAGAAGGGUUUUAGUUUCUGACCCUCUGUCUGAAAAGUCGAAUUCUCGUGAGUUCAGCUUCAAAAUGAGUUCUGACAGUUACAAUUUCGUGAAAUAACCAAGUCCGAAAAUACUCUAGGUCAACAACUUUUGAAAUUAUUAUCAAAAUGCAGAAAUGAAGCCGAACUUUUUUUUCGGAAAAUCUUGAAUCAAUUUUUUUCAGGCCAUCGACACGGUAAAUCUCAUUCUCUAUUCAACCGUAUGUGUGAUAAAAGGUUGGAUCCAAGUUCUCGAAGAAGACACAUCUGUUUUUCACAAAGAAGAGAAAAAACCAGCCUACAAAUCGCCAUCCGAUCCAGAACCAGAACCUGAACCGGAGAAGGUUGAAGAAAUUGAACCGGAAGAUCCGGAAAUUGUAAAUAAAUGUGCAAUUGCUUUAUCAGAAUUAUGUGAUAUGGCUCAACGUCAAUUAUGGAUGAAAUGGCCAACAAUAUGUGAUGAAAUAUUUAUGUGUACAAAGCCUGCUAUUACACACAAUAAUAAUCUUAAUGGGUGAGUUGAGCUUAUGAUUUUGCAAAAAAAAAAAUGAAUCCACGUGGUUUCUCUUGCGUCACAAAAAAUGAAAUCUCUAUUCUUUUCAACCUGAAACACGUUUCUGAAUUGACAAAACUUUCCUCGUUUAAUAUGACGUUAUUUAAACAUUUUUCGUUAAUCCCCUAGAAAAUCCAAAAAAUCUAGUCUGCCCUGAAUCUAAAUCAAUCAAAGGUUUUUUGGACAGAAAAAUUAAUCAAAAGGGCUCCUCUAAUUAAAGUUUUUCAGUGACACGAAAUCGCGUCUACUAACAACUUAUUUACAUAUCAAUAAUUGGACUAAAACUCGAUCGAUAAAUAUGAAAAAUUCGCAAACUCAAACAAUACCAACUUCCUUCUCAAAUUAA